CGCCUGGGUGACGGGCACUGGGAGGGGCACCUGAUGGCAUGAGCACUGGGUGUUAUUCUAUAUGUUGGCAAAAUGAACAGCAUUAGAAAUAAAUAUAUACAUAAAAAGAAAAGAAAAAAGAAAGUUCGGUGGGAGUAGUGGCCCGAGGUGAUCACGGUCUUGAGGAACUUGUCCUUGGCCCUACAGGACCGGCCGGCUAAGCUUGGAGCCCUGGGGAUCAACAUGCAGACAGCAUGGAAGAGGCGGCAGCAGCAGCAGCCACAGCUUCGACAACCCUUCUUUCGAGGUGACCCGGAGGAGGGUCUAUACAGCUGGAAACAAUGUGUCAGUGGUGGCAGGGCCCGGAGCACCUACACCCCGAUGUCCUACAGCUCGCCCUUGACGCGCUUAGGAGGACUCUGGUGUUGUGGGAGGGGUGUCGUCCCCUUCCUGGGCUCCUUCCUCACCGAGCUCUUCAUGCUGGAUACUGCCAUGGAGGAGUACCUGGAGGGCAAUGAGGUCAACCACCGGAAGAAGAACAAGGAGUACCGAGUCCUGACCGAGAUCCUGCUGCUCCAGGUGGCCGCGGAUCGGUACCGCAUCGAGCCCGAGCAGCCGUUCCGGGCCUGGUUCCAGUCUGGGACGUGGCUCAGCGAGGAGGAGAGCUACACCCUGUCCUGCCAGCUGGAGCCCCGAGCCGGCCACCAGACAGGAGGAGCCGGCCGCAGUCACCCUCAGGCCUGAGCCGAGGUGCAGGGGCCUCAAGGGGACGGGGCCCGUCUGUGCGACACCACUUCCUCCCGCCUCUUCUAUUGGGAGGAUGAUAUGUCAUGGUCUUAACUCAUAAAUGGAAGAUUUCAAUGUUGUGAUAUUAAAGCCGCUUUACUGUCCAGGA